AUGCGUGUGACGGAUGCUGUGUGGGCACGGCUGGAUCGGGAAGCGGGCUGUCUGUCGCCUGGCGCUCCGAGUGCUGGAGCCAUUAGCGGCAGUUGCAUCGAUCUGUGCAUACAGAUAUGCCCGGCUAGGCCGCGGGUGCUCGCACCACGGCGGGCAAAAGCAAUGGAAGGACAAAGAUCGGUACGAGGUUUCCAAAACCUCUGGUGUGAGCCAGAGCAGUUGGGAGCAACUGCUAGUCAUCUCACUAAUAUUUAUCCUGGGACUAGGAGGCGCAGCACCGUCCGGAGCUUGGGACGCCGUCCCAGUCUCUCCCCGCUCGCUGCCGGGGCCGGAGGAGCCGCGGGCCGCCCGGAGCUGGCCAAGAUAUACCUGGCAGUCUUGAUCAGAGCGGAAGCUCUUUGGUGGCCACCUCAACAAUCAGGAGGAAGUAGUAACAAAACCUCUGAGAAAAGGAAGAAGUUGUUUGAACGUCUGGCAUUUUCCUCCUUCUCCCCCUUUCCCAUCAAAUUCCUUUUCCUCAGACCUUUGCUGGUGAGAGGUUUGAAUGCCUUUCUGCUGAGAGGACUCCGUGGCUCUCAGACUAAGAGCUUUAAAAUUAUUACUGAACAAUUGUUAGUGGCUAUUGAACUCUUAUUUACUGGCUGCCAGACUGAAGCAAGGCUACUGGAUGGAAACAAAUUAAAAACACCUUUUGCAAUUCAAUACUGCAGCUGUCAAUACUUACGUAAAAAUUCUGAAAAUGCACCUAAGACUUGA